CGUUCGUAUUGAAGAUUCUCACUUCGAGGUUGGUUGACAACUGUCUUGAGUUCCAUAUGUUUUUUAACUGUAGGAAUGCCAAUCUUUGCAUGUGCGUCUGCAUUGGACCCCCUUUGUUCAUCGAUGAUGAUGUUCAAGUAUGUGAAAAUUCCCACCUCUUCCACAGUUUAUUUAUCAAGUACGAUUUCGUUGGUGCUCACUGUGUUGUAUUUCAGGGUUUUGCAUGUUCCCUUGUGUAUGCUGAGGUCUACCGCUUUAGAGGCUGCUGCUGGUAUGUUGUCUGAUCCAGCUGCUUCCCAUCUCUUGAUUUUUCCGAUACUCUUGCUGAUUUAUUCAAUUUUUGGUGAAGUAACAGGAGGUCUGUAUGUGCUGAUUUGAUGUCCGGUGGGUUUAAUGAGGGUCGCUCUAUUCAAGAGUUCUUCGAAGUGCUCUAACUACCUGUUCCGCUGUUCUUGAAUCGCAGUGAUUGGUUUGCCUUUUUGUAUCCGACUGGUCGCCCUGACUUACUGUUUUCUCGUCAGAUUCUUCGCCGUAUCUUACAGUUAUCUCCUACCUCCCUUUCUUGAAGCUUUUUCCGUUGUCAUUGCUAGGUUUCCAACGUAUUUCCGCUUAUCAGCUCUAAUGCUUUCCUUCACCUGCUUCGGUUUGGGCACCCGGACAGUAUCACAGCCCUUACACAAAUCAAAUGAGAUAUGUGUGGCGCAUAUGUAUUUGGUG